AUGAAAAAGUUAGAAACAAUAAAUUUACCGCCAACCAAUUCAACAGAAAUAUAUUUAAAUUAUAUUAAUGGUCUGUGCAAUAUAUCUGACAAUUGGUAUACCAAUACCAAUUUAGUUGAAAAAUUAAUUCCUUGUAACACUCAUCUGGUAGAAACUAUAAGAAAAAACCGAAAAAGAAUAUCCGUAGAAGUUAAACUAAAAAAAUUAAAACAAAACAAGUUGAUUGCAAUGCAAAAUAGGAAAGGGAUUAUGGUUCUUAAAUGGAAAGACAGACGAGAUAUUUUAAUAAUUUCCACAAAACAUUUGGCGGAAACAGUAACUGUAUGCAAAAAUAAUUACACACGUGAAAAACUAACAGUAGUUUUGGAUUCCAAUAUAGGAAAAUGUGCUGUAGAUUUGACCGAUCAGAUGAUAGGAUAUUCUACACCACACAGAAAAACCGUCAUGCGAAUAGAACUGUCAAUGCAUCUCACAUAG